AUGCGUCCUCUGAUUCUUCUUCUGGCUCUUUUCAUGAUUGUUGCCGCUUUCGACAAGUUUUCGAUGAGCAAGGACAAGGGAGUCAGGGCUAAUUUGAAACAUCCGAUCUCCAGAAGAGUUCUCCGAUACGAGCGCUCUGUCGCCUAUGAAGACUUUCCAACACCAGGAGAGAUGGCUCCAAAAUAUGUGCCAAUUAUGGAUUUUGCAAAAGUCAGACCAGAAAUUCCAUCAAAAACAAAGCACAAUUCUGAAUUCGCCGACGCCGAGUACCAACCAGAUCUCGAUUUUUAA